AUGGCCUUAUGGAAAUUGGGUUUUACAAUCUUAUUCCUUAGUCCUCUAAAUUCCGAAUCUGCAUUGAUUCAUUUACUUCAAGAAGCUAAAUCACGUAUUCUUAUCUACGAUCCUAAACUUUUAAAAACUUCCAAAAAUGUUCAGAAUGAAAUAAAUUCUCAAUAUACGCAAACGCUUAAUAUCUUUCAACAACCUAAUAGUUUAAAGAAUGAACAAAUUGUUCAUUUCGCCCCUGUUUUAAAAUUAAAUGAUGAUCCUGAAAAAACCAUCGCCAUUUUUCAUAGUUCCGGUUCAACCUCAUUUCCUAAAUUAGUUCCUAUCUCCAGUCGUUUUAUUUUUAAUGUGGAUGCAUUUGAAAAAGCUGAUGAUAUUAUUGUAUCAACCGCUCCAUUAUUUCACAUUUAUGGGACAACUGUUUUAAUAAGAGCAAUUGUAAAUCCUGGUACUGUAUAUGCAUUUCCAAUCGUCUCAGGAACAGUUCCUCUAGUAAAUGAAAUUUUAUAUAGCUUAAAACAAUCCAAUGCUAGUGUUUUAUAUACUUUACCUGCUAGCAUUGAACAAAUUCAUAAAGAUCGUCCAGAUGAAAUUAAUACGUUAUUAAAAUUAAGAGCCAUCAAUUAUGGUGCCAUUCUCUUUCUUUCUUUUCAUAAUGCUUAUGGAUUGACUGAAGCAGGAACUAUUAUGUUGAAUAUUCAUUCUUCACCUGAUAUUCCAUGGAAUGCGAUACCAGAAAGUUCUAUAAAAUGGAUAGAAAGAAAUGAUAUUGUUGAUGGUGCGAAAGAAUUAGUUAUAAAAAAAGGUUCCCCAAAUCUUGCAUCCAUUAAAGGAAAUAUGGAGAAUGGUGAUUAUAAAAUAGGUGAUCUUUUUAUUGAAAUUCCAAAAGGUUCUGGCUUUUAUAUUUUACUUGGUCGAGUUGAUGAUACAUAUGUUCAUACCACUGGAGAAAAGACAAAUCCAAUACCGAUUGAAGAUACAGUUCGCCGUAAUGAAUUUGUUAAACAUGCAGCCGUAGUUGGACAUAAUGGACCAUUCAAUUGUCUUUUGAUAGAACUCGAUUUUGAAAAUUUAAAAAGAACUCCUUUCUUGGAAGUCACCAAAAGUAUUUUUGAUUCAAUACAUCAAGCUAACAAAGAAUGUCCAUCACAUUCACGAAUCUUUGAUGAAAUGGUUUAUAUCUUACCUCUCGAAGGAAAUAAAUUACCACGAACAUUUAAAAAUGGGAUUCAACGUAAAAAAGUUGAAAUAGAGUUCAAAGAAGAAAUCGAAAUGCUUUAUGAUAAUUUUAUAAAUCACAAAGUUGUACCAAAUGAUGUAUCCCUUUCUAAUAAUCAAUGGAAUGAAGAUUCCGUGAAAACUAUUAUAUUAAAUUCACUUAAUUCAGCCAUUGGAGAUUUAUUUCCUAAUGAAGACGAAACCUCAUUCUUUGCUCUUGGCCUGGACUCUUUAUCCGCAACUAAAUUACGAAAUAUUCUUCAAACCCAAUUUUCGGUUAUCAAGCUUCCUCAUGAUGUGAUUUUCGAAUAUAAUACAGUCCAAAGUCUUACACAUUAUUUGACAAAAGAAUUAUCAACACAAGAUAAAAAUGUUGAAGAUGGCUACGAAGCAAAAUUACAAGCUCUUAAAAAUGAAGUGAAUUCAUAUAUUCAAAAAUAUAAUAAAAUCGAUAACUUUCCUUCUGUGGGAAACGUUAAUGGAAUUAAUGGAAACAUGAAUGAAAAAGUGGAACGUAUAAUUAUUUUACCAAGUGAUUUGGGAGAUUCGAAAUUUGGACAAACGGAAAAGAUUUAUUCAAAACUUGUACAGGAAGUAACACAAAUCUAUCACGUCGCUUGGAGAUUGGACUUUAAUAGCAAAAUUGAAGUUUUUGAACGUGAAAAUAUUGGUGGAACUGUUCACCUUCUUAUGCUAGCCCGUGAAGCAUAUGCUCAUCACCGAGAUGUUCACUUUAAUUUUACAUCAAGUAUCGGUGCAAGUCUUGAAUCAAAGACAAAUGUUAAAGAGGAUGAAUUAUCUCAUGAUAUUUCAAAUGCAUUGCUUAAUGGAUACGCUUUAUCAAAGUUCAUUACUGAACACGUAUGCGCAGAAUGGUCACAAAAAAUUGGGUUCAGUCUUGAUAUUCAUCGCGUUGGACAAGUUUGUGGUGAUUCAAUUACGGGAGUUUGGAAUACUCGAGAACAUAUUCCACUUAUGAUAAAAGGUGCACAAGUUAUGAAAAUUAUGCCGACUUCGUAUUCCUCAAUUGUUGAUUGGAUUCCUGUUGAUGUUGCAUCUCAAAGUAUCGUUGACAUUUCCUUGAAUGCAUCUUUCGAUGGUGAUAAUGUUCGAGUUAAUCAUAUACUUAAUCCGAAGAAAACCACAUGGAGUGAAUUCUUGAAAUCUUUACAACAAAGCGGAAUAGACUUUAGAAUUGUUUCGAAUAAAGAAUGGUUAAAUACAUUAUUAACGACACCUGAAUAUCAAAAUGUGGAUAAAAAUCCAGUAGCCGCAUUAUCGGGAUUCUUUGAUAAUGUUAUGAGUGAAUCAUCACAUGACAGUGAAAACAUGAUCCAUUAUUCGAAACUCAGAAAUUGUCAAAAAAUUGAUGUGAAAUUAAUCAAAUUAUAUGUAAAUAAUUGGAAAAAGAUUUCAUUCCUAGAUUAA